UGCCGCCACCGGGAGAUCGCAAAGGAAAGUUCCAGUUACCGGGAUAAAAGUUAACCAAAGGAUAUACACCAUGAGCAGAGCUAGCGGUAUCCUGUCGCUGCUGUUUGUGGCCAGCGCCUUGGGCGGCGUGAUCGAGGACUUUGAGUACCUGUCGGUGGACGAUAUGUGCGAGCUGUUGCCGCAGGACACGAGCUUCCUGCACCCGAACACCUGCGACAACUGGGUGCGCUGUGCCACCAACUACAGCGUCCUGGAGCAGGGCGGCUGUGCGGCAGGACUCUACUACAACAAGGAGCUGGGUCGCUGCAUCCUGGCCUCGAGUGCCGUCUGUCCGUAUGCUGGUGGUGUUAUCGAGAAGCCAAAGAACUUGUGCGCCAACGAAACGGAUGGCGCCUUCAUCGUGGAUCCCAGCAGCAGCAACUGUCGCGGCUACAUCCUCUGCAGAGCCAACAAUCAGAUCCAGGCCAACUGCCCCAACGAGCUGAUCUUCCAUCCCGUAUCCCGUUCCUGUGUGUACCAGACGCAGUACAAGUGUCCCGCCAGCCAGACGACGAAGUCGAGUCCCGCCUGCCGUUCGCUGGCCAACAACACCCGCCUGGCCGAUCCCAUCCACUGUGACCAGUACUACGAGUGCGUCAGCGAGGUACUGCACAGCCGAUCCUGCCCCGUGCAGACGGCCUACGAUGCGGAUCUCGGCUACUGCGUGGAUGUGGCCGAGGUGUCCUGCUAUGAGACGGCUGCCCUGCCGGAGCCGGAGAACACCUUCUGCCUGGACAAUGCCACCGGAUCCGCUCGCGUGGGCUACUUUGCCGACGAUGCUUCCUGCUCGCACUACUACAUCUGCGGCCAACCCGUUGCCGGAAAGCACGACACAGAGCCCAAGCACCUGAGCUGUCCCCUGGGCCAGUACUUCGACUUCGAGAAGCUCUCGUGCCGCGACAGGCUCAACGUGCGCUGCCAGCUGGACAGGUGCGUGGGCACCAACCUGACCUACGUGAACGUCGCCGGCGACUGCCAGAGCUACGGACGCUGCUCCGGCGGAGUGACCAUCAGCCUGGGACACUGCCCCACCGGCUACUACUUCGACGAGCGCAACCAGGGAUGCACCCAAACCAACUACCACUACAUCGCCUGCUCCGUCUAG